AACAUCUUGAAACCCUUUAAUGGCUGAAACCACAAUUUUCAUCUACAUUGUCAAACGGGUCUAGUGCAUAGUCACCGUACUGAGAGACUCAAAUUAUAGAUAAGAACUGAAGCAAAUCGAGAAAGGUUUUCUUCUCUUGAUCUGGUUUUGUGUAGUUUUCUGGCUUCUUCCUUUUUUUCUGCAGUGGGUUCAUGGAAUUGUAGAUGGGUUCUCUGGAAGUUGGGGUUCCACAGAAAAGAACUGCUCCUUUGCUUCGUUCUUUGCCGUCAAGCAGAAGCGAUCGACACUCAUUUCUUCAGAGACCCAGAUCAAGAUUUGCUCGGUUUCUACUGUUCGAGAAGGUUAACUACCAACAAUGGAUUUUCAUUGUUGUUGUCUUCUUAGUCGUUGUUGUUCUAUUCCAGGCGUUUUUACCUGGCUCUGUGCCGGAGAAGGCCGGUGUUUCUUUUCAAGAAAUAGGAACAGUCUCCAAGGACUGGAUGGUCUUAAAGGGGAUGGGCAGAUUAGAUUUCGGGGAGGGUAUCCGGUUUGAGCCGUCAAAGCUUCUGGAGAAGUUCGAAAGAGAUGCUAGAGAGUCGAAUUUAUCUUCAGCUUCAAGCAGGCCGUUGGUGCGUUCUGGAAUCAGAAAGCCGCAGCUUGCUUUGGUCCUCGCAGAUCUAUCGUUGGAGCCUGGACAGCUGCUGAUGGUCAGUCUUGCUGUUUCUUUGCGGGAGAUUGGGUACGCAAUUGAGGUUUACUCACUGGAAGAUGGUCCCGUGCAUACUGUUUGGAGAAGCAUAGAAGUGCCUGUCAAUAUUCUUCAAACAAGUAACAAGGCAGAGAUCAAUGUGGACUGGUUAAACUAUGAUGGCAUACUUUUGAAUUCUCUGGAAGCCAGGGGUGUUUUAUCAUGUCUUGUCCAGGAGCCUUUCAAAUCUUUGCCUGUUAUAUGGACGAUCCAUGAAAGAUCACUAGCUACCCGGUUAAAUCAAUACAUUUCAAAUGGGCAGAUUCAGCUUCUCAAUGACUGGAAGCAAGCUUUCAACCGAGCUACUGUUGUUGUCUUCCCAAACUAUUUGACACCGAUGAUGUAUUCGACAUUUGAUGCUGGAAACUACUUUGUUAUUCCGGGCUCUCCAGCUGAAGCUUGGGAAGCGGAUAAUUUCCUUGCCUUGUACAGUAGGGAUGACUUGCGAGUCAAACUGGGUUUCAAACCGGAUGAUUUCAUUGUUGCCAUUGUUGGAAGUCAAUUUUCAUAUAGUGGCUUGUGGUUGGAGCACAGCCUUGUUUUGCAGGCCUUAUUACCUCUUCUUGAUUCUGAUUCUCGUGUCAAAGUCGGUAUCUUAAGUGGGAACUCAAACUACAAAGUGGCUAUGGAGGCAAUUGCUCUUAACUUGGGAUAUCCAAGGCGCAGUGUGAAGCACAUUGGCAUUGAUGAGGAUGGGAAGAGAUUUCUCAGCACAACUGAUCUUGUGAUAUAUGGAUCCUUUCUCGAAGAGCAAUCUUUUCCAGAUAUCUUGGUUCAAGCGAUGUGCUUUGGAAAACCAAUUAUUGCCCCAGAUCUUUCCAUGAUUAGGAAAUAUGUUGAUGACAGGGUGAAUGGGUUUCUUUUUCCAAAGGAGAACAUCAGAGUUCUGACGCAGGUUCUAUUCCAAGCAGUUUCAAAUGGAAAAUUAUCCCCACUGGCGCAGAAUAUUGGAUCAAUUGCAAAGGGUCCUGCAAGAAAUUUAAUUGUUUCUGAAACCAUUGAAGGGUAUGCUUCACUCCUAGAAAAGGUUCUCAAGUUCCCAUCAGAGGUUAUGCAUCCUAAGGAUGUUGCUGAGGUUCCUCCAAGGUUGAAAGAGGAAUGGCAAUGGCAUCUCUUUGAAGAUAUUGUAGAUCCAAGAUAUUUAAAUACAACUUCUAUGAGUUACAGCUUUCUUGACAAGAUUGAGGAGAUCUGGAACCAUACUCAGAUGGAGAGUUCUGGUGUGAGAAGUUUGAUAGAUGAUUCUUUCUCCUAUAGCAUUUGGGAGGAAGAAAGACAUAUUGAGAUGGUGAAUGCCAGAAAGAGACGAGAAGAAGAGGAGUUGAAGGGUAGAACUGAUCAACCCCGUGGAACAUGGGAGGAAGUGUAUCGAAGUGCUAAAAGGGUUGAAAGGUUAAGAAAUGUUUUACAUGAAAGAGAUGAUGGGGAGCUUGAAAGGACAGGGCAACCAUUGUGCAUCUAUGAACCUUACUUUGGGGAAGGGACGUGGCCUUUUCUGCACCAUAGUUCACGAUAUCGUGGAAUUGGUUUGUCCACAAAAGCUCGGAGACCAGGAGCAGAUGACGUGGAUGCACCAUCUCGUCUUCCACUUCUUAAUGACCCUUAUCACCGAGACAUCCUUGGUGAAUUUGGGGCCUUCUUUGCUUUGGCUAACAGGAUCGAUCGUGUACACAAGAACGCUUGGAUAGGUUUUCAGUCUUGGAGAGCAACUGCAAGGAAGGUUUCUUUGUCUAAUAUUGCUGAAAGGGAAUUGCUAGAAGCCAUCGAAGCCCGGAGGCAUGGGGAUACCCUCUACUUUUGGGUCUCUAUGGAGAAGGAUCCUAGAAACCGAUUGCAACAAGACUUUUGGUCCUUCUGUGAUGCAAUAAACGCUGGAAAUUGUAGGUAUGCGGUUUCUGAAGCUCUUCGAAGGAUGUAUGGCCUAAAGAAAGAUUGGAAUUCCUUGCCACCAAUGCCAGAGGAUGGGGACACCUGGUCUGUCAUGCAGAGCUGGGUUUUGCCAACUCGGUCCUUCCUCGAGUUUGUCAUGUUCUCAAGAAUGUUUUUUGACUCAUUGGAUGCACAAAUGUAUGAUGAGCAUCAUCGCAGUGGGCACUGUUAUCUCAGUUUGUCAAAGGAUCGGCAUUGCUAUUCUCGUGUACUUGAGCUGCUUGUGAAUGUCUGGGCAUACCACAGUGCAAGGCGGAUGGUAUAUGUGAACUCGGAGACUGGUGCAAUGCAGGAGCAGCACAGGUUGAAAAGCAGGCGAGGUCAGAUGUGGGUCAAAUGGUUCUCAUACACUACACUAAAGGGAAUGGACGAGGACUUGGCUGAAGAAUCAGAUUCUAACCAUCCCACUCGGCGGUGGUUGUGGCCAUUAACCGGUGAGGUUUUCUGGCAAGGUGUGUAUGAGAGGGAGCGGAAUCUACGACAAAAACAGAAGGAGAAGAGGAAACAACAGAGUAAGGAAAAGAUCUCAAGAAUUAGGGGGCGGACUCACCAAAAAGUAAUAGGGAAAUACGUUAAGCCCCCGGUUGAGGAGAAACCUGGAGACUCAAAUUCGACAGUGGUGGCAAUGGCUGUGGGGUAGAAUACACUCAUGGUGGUUGAUACCCAUAACUAACUGGUGAAUCAAUAUUCUGAGUUGAAAAUUCUCUUCUGAUCUUCCUUUUUUUUGUUUUUGUUUGGGGAGGGGGGGGGGGGGGCAAGGUCUGUAAGAUGUAUUUUAGGGUUUUGUUUGUAACAACUGCAUCCUUCUGGUCACUGAAGCCUUCAAAAUGCUUCAAAGAUGUAAAUUGGGUUUCAUUUUUUAAAAUUUUUACCCAUUCUUUGAUCAAAUUUACCUCACUUAUGUA